UUCGAGUCCGGGACACCAAUCAUCGAAAGCUUUCACUCACUUCACUCGCAUUGCAAAAAUUCUGAACCUCAAAACAAUCCUCCCAGGCCUAAUGCCUGUGAUUCCUUCCUUCUCUUGCGGGACCCAUUUCAACUAAUAAUUCGAAAGAAUUUUCCUUGGCUUUCUCCUUUUUUAUAUUGACCCCAUCAACUCUCAUUCUCAAGCUCAUCAUUCUUCACUCGACUCUCCUUCUACCUCUGUUUCCUCAAUUGGGUUUCCUCGUCUCUCAGUUUCCUUAACUGGGUCUCUUUCACUUUCCUCUGAUUCUUCAUUUGAAGGCUUUUUGCUUGAUUUGAGAGCCAAAUCUUUGAGUGCUCUGAUAUGGCUUCUAUAAGGUCUUUCCCUUUUAUCCCAGAGUCCAAGGCUGAGAGUUCUGUGAUUAUCAACCAGAAAAGUUAUCACCAACCAAGAUUCCCGUUCUUCUGCAAUCUACCAAGAAGAUCCCUUAAUUCUACUCGUUUCAGUAGCUCUGGUCGUGGGUCUUCAGUAGUGGGAUUUUGCAGUGGACUAAUCGGUGGCAGCAGUAGUAGAAGAAGGUUACAGUGGAAUAAACCUCUGAGAGCCUUGGAUAAGGGCUCUGAAGGUGGUGGUGAAAGACUUGAUGGAUCAGAGGACGCGAUUCAGGCCACCAUUGAGAAGAGCAAGAAGGUUCUUGCUAUGCAAAGAGACUUGCUGAAACAGAUUGCAGAAAGAAGAAAAAUGAUUUCUUCUAUAAACAGCAGUACUGUUGAUUCAGAAGAAGAUGAGACCUCUGAUGAGGAAGGAGACGGUUCUUUUCUGAAUACACGUCUCAUUGAUGAUGAAAAUGCUGCCAAAAAUUACAACGACAGAAUCCUCUCAGGCACCUAUACCCAUUCUACUAAAGAAAAGAAGCGAGAAACCCCAUCUUCUGCUGCCAGUAGAGAGUUUAGUGGACGUAAGAACAAACCUGAAAAAGAUCUACCUACUCUCCCUCAAGUUGAUCCUAUCAAACAGUCUAAACACUCUAGUUUGGAGGAAGAGGCCUCUUAUGAGGAAGGAGACAGUUCUUCUCUGAAUACACGUCUUAUUGAUGAUAAAAUUCCUGCUAAACACCAAAAUGAUAGAAUCCUUUUCAGCGCCUAUGUCCAUUCUUCUGAAGAAAAGAAGAGAGAAACCCCGCCUUCUGUUGCUAGCAGAGAGUUUAGUGAACGUGAGAACAAACCUGGAAGCAAUUUACCUAAAGAAAACACCCUCCCUAUAAAACAGUCGAAAGAAGACCAGUCUAGUCCCCUUCCAUCCUUUCUUUCAAGUAACUUUAAAGCCUCCCCUGUUAAAGAUGAAAGGCGCGUAAAUUUGAAAGAAUCAAGUUUAUUGCUUGAUAAAGCCUCCGAUCUUAAAGAUAAAAUGCAGGAAGAAUCAAUUCCACAUCUAGUACAUGAUAAGGAAGAUGACUCCUCAAAAGAAGAAGCAAAACCCCCUCCUUUGGCUGGGGAAAAUGUCAUGAAUAUCAUAAUGGUAUCUGCAGAAUGUGCUCCAUGGUCAAAAACAGGUGGUCUCGGAGAUGUUGCUGGGGCUUUACCAAAGGCUUUGGCUCGGCGUGGACACAGGGUUAUGGUUGUGGUACCUCGCUAUGGUCACUAUGCUGAAGCCAAAGAUACAGGAGUGCGGAAAAGAUAUAAAGUAGCUGGCCAGGAUAUGGAAGUAGCAUACUUCCAAGCCUAUGUUGACGGUGUAGAUUUCGUUUUCAUUGACAGUCCUAUCUUUCAGCACUUAGAAAAGAAUAUAUAUGGAGGAAACCGAUUGGACAUUUUAAGACGCAUGGUGUUGUUUUGCAAGGUUGCUGUUGAGGUCCCUUGGUAUGUUCCGUGCGGUGGUGUCUGCUAUGGAGAUGGGAACUUGGCUUUUAUUGCAAAUGAUUGGCACACGGCACUUUUACCAGUAUAUUUGAAGGCAUACUAUCGUGACAAUGGUUUAAUGACAUAUACAAGGUCAACCCUUGUUAUUCAUAACAUAGCUCACCAGGGUCGAGGCCCAGUAGAGGACUUCCUCACCGUGGAUCUCCCACAACAUUACAUCGAUUAUUUCAAAUUAUAUGAUCCUGUUGGUGGUGAGCACUUUAAUAUCUUUGCAGCUGGAUUAAAGACAGCAGACCGCAUUGUCACUGUAAGCCAUGGGUAUGCCUGGGAGGUUAAAACUAUUGAAGGAGGUUGGGGUUUGCAUGGAAUUAUCAAUGAGAAUGACUGGAAACUUAGGGGCAUUGUGAAUGGAAUUGAUACGAAAGAGUGGAACCCACAGUAUGACGUUCAUCUAACCACAGAUGGUUACACAAACUACUCCUUAGAGACACUCCAAAGGGGCAAGGCUCAGUGCAAGGCAGCUUUGCAGAAGGAGCUGGGUCUACCUGUACGUCCAGAUGUUCCUCUCAUUGGCUUCAUUGGUCGGCUGGAUCAACAAAAAGGUGUUGACCUCAUUGCUGAGGCAAUUCCAUGGAUGAUGGGUAAGGAUGUGCAAUUAGUCAUGUUGGGAACUGGCCGACCAGAUUUGGAACAGAUGCUCAGGCAAUUUGAAGGCCAGCACAAGGACAAAGUGAGGGGAUGGGUUGGUUUUUCUGUAAAAUUGUCUCACAGGAUAACCGCAGGUGCAGACAUUCUACUCAUGCCUUCAAGAUUUGAGCCUUGUGGAUUGAACCAACUGUAUGCCAUGAAGUAUGGCACAAUUCCUGUUGUUCAUGCUGUUGGUGGGCUGAGAGACACAGUGCAGCAGUUCAAUCCCUACGAAGAAUCUGGACUGGGGUGGACAUUCGAUAGCGCUGAAUCAAACAAGCUCAUACAUGCAUUAGGGAACUGUUUACUCACUUACUGGGAUUACAAGCAGAGUUGGGAAGGACUCCAGAGACGAGGUAUGACAAAAGACCUUAGCUGGGAUUUAGCUGCUGAGAAUUACGAGGAGGUUCUUGUGGCUGCCAAGUACCAGUGGUGAGUAUCUGCUGCUGCUGCUUAUUAUCAUUGGCCUUUGCCAAUAAAAAUAACAAUUUUUUGGUAAAAAGUGUUUUUGCAUAGUUUGCACCAUUUCCUGUAAUAAUAUCCAGUAGUGAAAUAAAUAUGUAGUGUAACAUCUUCCUUGUGUUAGCUGCCUCAUAACUCGAAUGGCAAGACAUCCCCACUUUUCAGUUUCAUGGUCAUUCUCCUUCUCUGUCUGCUUUUUUCAUUAACUUAAAACUUUCUUGUAAAUUCCCGAAUCAAAAACAAUGGCUGGUGAUCUGUUCUGCAUA